CUUUCAAAUUUGGCUUGGAAGCGUGAUCUAGAGUGACUGAGUGGGAAAUUUUUACUCUGCUCCAUCAAAUAUUGAUCCAAGAUAUCUUGGAUCUUCGUUAACCGCGUGAGUUCGUUCCAGUAUUGCUUCUCUUUGUGUUCUUUUUGGUCUUGUUAAUUCGCUGUGUUUAUUGUUUUAUUCACUAUUGUUGUAUUCUCUAUUGUAUUAACUUGUUGUGACUACUUACUCUUAAGCCGUCAUACCUGUAUUAAUUAGGUCAGUUAACCCCACCAAACUACCUAUAUUUUGUUAUUCUAUACGUGGCUGUUACGUGCUAUUUGUAAUGACAUCGGUGGCUGGCUAUAAAUGUGGUGAGCACACUUGUGGCGUUGAGGUCAAAGAGGGAAUUCAGUGCGACAGAUGCUUGUUCUGGUACCAUAACAACUGCUCUAGAUUAGACCAGGACUCUAUUGAUCUUUAUGCCCGACAUUCCCAAUUAAAGUGGAUUUGCUUCCACUGCGUGUGCUUAGCAGACAUUGGUUCUCGCUUGAUACAUGAUCGGACUUUUGAUCCAGUUACUCAUGUCUCAGCUGUGCAUGAGUCUGCUAGUAGAAGCUGUGUGCAUAGACUAGACAGUGCCGAGAAGUUGAUUCGUGACCAGAGCUUGCUAAUAGAGACAUUGCGUUCAAAAGUUGAAGAGUUGCAGUCUUCAUUGGAAUGUUACUUGCGAAGUGCAGAACUUGCUAUGGGUAGACAACGAAACGUUCUUAUCUACAAUAGGGAGGAGCCAGUCAUACGAGAAACUAAAACUCGACGGGACCUAGACAGAAGGCGAGUGCAAGAUAUCCUUCGUAUAGCCGGAAUACCGUUAUACGUUGGUAUCAAAAGAGUACAUCGUGUUGGCAGCUGGAGAGAAACAAGUAUGCUCCGCCACCAAGGUUAUGCAAGGCCUAUCCUGGUUGAGUUUCGGAACCCUAUACACCGGGACCUUCUACUUAACAGGGCUGGGUUGGUUGCAAGUCAGACAAAUGGUCGGUAUCAAAUAGCACCGGACACACUGACUUCGAAGGCUAAAGCCUCUCGGCUGAGCCGGUUAGAAGGCACUAAUACCAGCUUGGAUAACGAAUCUGCGGUCUCACACGUUGGAAUUCAUGAUAGUGAGCCUCACGUUAUGCAGACACCUAAGCAAACCUCUAGCGUUUGCUCUUCUGUGGCAAGGGCAGACAGCUUGUCUGGACAACCCCCUUCACAAGAUGCCAGCGAGAUAACUCCUGGCCUACAUUUGGUUGUGGAGAAACUUGCUCUUGAUGAAAAUGAGAAUCACACCUCUAUGGCGGAAGAGGGUAGUGAAGGUGUGGCAAUGGGACUUCAGCCGGUGCGUUCAAGAACAAUGGAAGCCUCAUGCUCGAUAGUAGUGGCACCAAAGUCCAUGGGUGGUAUGCCCUUUUCACAAAAUGAUAGGAUAAAUGAAAAACUUGCCACACCUAAAUUGGGCCGUACAGAAAAUCCGAAGUGCAGUGCUGUCAGGUCGACUCAGGUAAAUGGGAGGAAACCCAUCGGGAGUUUAUCCAGCAAGCCCAGGCGGGCGAAGCCAGGAAAGGGAUUAUCCCGUAAUGCGUUACAGCAGCCCAGCGUUGAUUUAUCGACUCAGGCAGCUGAUCGAAAUGAAAUGGUACCAAAAAACGGGUUAUCCCCUCGGGCUCUGCGUCCGAGGGGAAACAACCGCGUUCGGAAAGACUAAGCGUGUGGUACGCCAAUUGUUGUAGUGUGCGUAACAAAUGGGGGGAAUUAGUGACGCGUUGUGAGCAUGUUGAUGUGGCCGCUGUGUCGGAGUCCUGGCUCUCUCCAGAUGACCUUAUUGGUGAUCUGCUUAUAGACUUUGCGUGCUACAGGGCUGACAGGCCCGGGUAUCAGACUGGUGGAGGGGUACUCUUGCUUAUAAAGUGCCAAUAUAAACACUGGGAGGCUCCAUUUACCAUGAGUUCUGCUAAUGUUCAGGUGGUAUCCUGCUAUCUAAAAGCAUGGGGUAGAUUGGAGAUCAUAGUAUGUGUUUAUCGUAGCCCAUCCUCCACGCGAGAAGAGGACAGGGAUCUUGGUACGUUACUAAGACAGGCGGCAAUGGCCGCACCUAAUUUUCUGAUCGUCGGUGACCUAAACCUUCCGCAUGCUGAUUGGCAGCAUGCCGAAAACAGAGUGGGUACUUUAGAGAAGGAACUAGUAGAUUGGAUGCAUGUAAAUGCGUUCGAGCAGUACGUCAAUGUCCCGACUAGGAGUCGUACUGGGAGUACCCCUUCAACCCUUGAUAUCGUGAUCGCCAGACAUGGUCACUUGAUUGACCUAUGCGUGGAGCCACCCAUAGGUAAGAGUGAUCAUUGUGUUUUGACCUUUUCUCUGGACACACCGAGGCUUGCAGAGAACCGUCGAAUGGGAAGAGAUUUAAAUCGUAUUGAUUUUACGAAGCUGCGGGAUCGAGCCCUUCAGAUCACUUGGGUUCCUGAGCAGGACAAGGCCACUUUGGAACAGAGGUGGCUUCUACUUAAAAGUGGACUUGUACAGUUGCUGAAUGAAUUUGCUCCUCUUCGCCCCAGGAGACAUCUUGGGAAACCCCGAUGGUGGAGAAGAAAAAUUGAGAGAGCGAUAAAGAGGCGCAAUGCUGAGUGGAGAGAAUAUCAAGAAACUCGGGGCUUUCGACGCUGGCUGCAGUACAAAAGGUGUCGAAACAUGGCUAUUAAGUUACAGCGGCAAGCGAAGUACUCAUAUGAGCUUAGGUUGGCCAAAUUCGCGAAAACUAAUCCCAAGUGUUAUUACAGUUAUGUUCAGUCAAAGGCUUCUUUAAGAGAGGUCGUCGGCUGUCUAACCAUGGAGGACGGUACCCAGGCUGUAGACGACGUCGAUAAAGUAGAAGUGCUGCUACGUGUCUACCAAAGCCUGCAUCGGAAGGAUAGUGGGUCAGCCUUGCCAUCACAGCCGCACUGCUCAACUAGCUACACAAUGCGGGAAAUUAUUCUCAGUGUGCCAGAGGUCUUCACAGUGCUGGCUAGUUUGAACCCUUAUAAAUCAGCCGGUCCUGAUAGCGUACAUCCCGCCAUAGUUAAGCCGCUGGCUGAUGUCCUUCAGUAUCCCGUAGCGGAGUUAUUCAACCAGUCUCUUCAAGAAGGCAAGCUGCCACGUGAUUGGAAGGAGGCGACUAUUGUUGCCAUCCACAAAGGGGGUUCUAAGUCGGUGCCUCUUAACUAUAGACCUGUUAGUUUGACCAGCAUCAUGCUGAAAUGCUUGGAAAAGCUUAUAAGGAACAGGAUCUGUGAGCACUUGACUGAGCACAAUCUAAUUCGAGCGGAACAGCAUGGCUUUCUCAAAAAGAAGUCUUGUCUUACCAAUUUACUGUGCUUUUUAGACGAGAUUACCCGUUGUCUUGAUAGUGGGAUAUCGGUAGAGGUGUGCUAUUUGGACUUCAGUAAAGCCUUUGACUCCGUGAAUCAUCGAUUUUUAAUUGAGAAGCUGACAUGGUUUGGAUUGCAUCCUCAACUAUUACUAUGGCUCUCUGAAUUCUUACGUGGAAGGACAUUCAGAGUCAGGGUUGGGGAAGCGAGUUCUAGUGUUGGCCAUGCCUACAGUGGUGUCCCCCAAGGUUCGGUUCUGGGUCCAUUGCUGUUUCUUAUGUUUAUAAAUGACCUGGCUCCUCUUCUUGAGGAUCCCUGCUACAUCUUCGCAGAUGACUUGAAGCUAGUCAGUAGGGGAAACCGAUCGACAUUGGCUAAGGACAUCAUCACUGUGGCGAAUUGGUCAAGCCAAUGGGACCUACCUCUAAAUGUCAACAAAUGUCAACUAUUGACUAGUAGUGGUAGCGGAAUUGCAGUUCAGUCUUCUGUGGGAUCUCUAUCAUUGCGAUGUACUGACGAAGCCCGUGAUCUAGGUGUCAUCGUAGCGAACAAUUUUAAGCCUUCGGCACAGUGUCGCCAUGCUGCCAAUAAAGCACGACACGAGUUAUUUCGUCUUAGGAGGGCGCUGAGUAACACUAAAGCAGAAGUAUUCUUGCCCUUAUAUAAAGCAGUGGUCAGGCCACAUCUGGAGUAUUGUGUUCAGGCCUGGUCACCGUACCUCCGGAGUGACAUCAUAUGUAUAGAAAAGAUUCAGAAACUUGCGACCAGGAUGAUUGAAGGUCAACGAGGGAAGUCUUACGAAGAUCGUCUAAGUAGCUUAGGAUUAUUUUCCUUGGAGCGGCGUAGGUUGAGAGGGGAUUUGAUAGAGACGUUUAAGAUCAUUAAGGGACUUAGUGGUAUUAGUUCCACCCAUCUGUUUGAGUUGGCUACGUCAGACCAUCUGCGCGGGCAUCGCCUGAAGCUCAAACAUCACAGAGCUCGUUUGGACAUCAGGGCAAAGUUUUUUACGAACCGAGUAGUUAACUACUGGAAUAAACUUCCUUCUGAUUUAGUGGAGUCUGAGACCGUAGCAGCCUUCAAAAGGGGCUUAGACAAUUGUUGGUCCACCCUUUUUCCAGAGCUAUUGUAGUUGUACUGGUAUAUGUAGUGUAUCUUGAUGCUGGCAUAUGAAAGUGCAGAGACUGCUCUUGUUCUUGCAUCAUUCCAUUGCAGAAGCAAGAAACAAUCCAACGUCGAAGUGCUGGGGGCCGAUUCACUUACCGGCACAAGAACUGGACGCUCGUUAGGCGGAAGCCUCUAUUGUCCAUCUGACCUGACCUGACCUGACCU